ACUUUUUUCUUGUUUAUGCUGGGUAUGCAGCCAAAUAGGAGCAGGGCUAGCCACGUGCUAUAUGUGCAAAGAGAGCAAAGCUGUCAUGAAUAUCUGCAUAGCGUUCUCGUUUUUAGUAUUUGUUGAACUCUGCGACUCAUCGAGUCCUAAACCAUAUGAUGAGCGGUGCAAAAGUAUUCUCAAUGCAUCAUCAAGCAAAUGCCCUCACCAGCGAUGGUUCUUUAAUGGGAAAAAUAAAGUCUGCCUUCCCAGUUGCAGCGGAACAGCGCCCUUCUCAAGUAAAAUAGAAUGCCAGGGAGCAUGCCGAAGUGGUGAUGCUUGCGAUUUCCCAGUGGCAAGUGCCCAUUGCUUCGGGGAGGUGUUCCCAGUGUACGUCUACAGUCACAAAGACGAAAGUUGCUUCCUCACUUACGACUGCACAUACUUCCUAAAUAAGUUUCCUACUUUAGGAGAAUGUCAACGUACUUGCAUACAGCGAAACACCCAGUCUACGAACCCUGCAACAAAUAUAAUUUCUCCUCUGCUUCCUUGCAAGCCAAACAGUAUCAGUUCCACACCACGGACACAGUUGAAGUUGAAUACUCGCAUAAAACUUUCAGUGCCCCAAUUACUAACUGCACAACAACAUGUCAAAAGUCCAGCAGUGAGCAGCACACAUGGUUCCGGCCAACCAAGCUACUUCAAUAUAUUGCCAGGGCCAACAAGGUCAUACAGCAUCAAAGAUACCAAUUCUCAGAAUAAAAAUGAUGCCUACACCACCAACUAUGGAUAGCCAAUGCAGAAUGAGCGUAGCAAAUGCAUUGCUAAGUGAAUGCCUUCAUAAACGAUGGUACUACAAUGAGAGUAAGCGUGUGUGUGAACCGACCUGCAGCGACGAAGCACCAUUCCUGAACAAAAUAGCCUGCGAUGGAGUGUGUCGGACUGUGGAAGUUUGCGACUUCCCCAUGGCAAGUUUUCCCUGCUUCGGUGAUGCGCAUUCAAUAUUCAUUUACAACCCGAAUGACAAAUCGUGCUUCAAGUCGUACAGCUGCUCCUACUUCGGAAAUAAAUUUCCUACUUUGGACGAGUGUCGGCGAACUUGCAAAAAGUGCGCAGCAGAGGAUCAAUCGGGAUGUCCUGCUACAAUCAGCUCUCAAGGAAACGACCAAUUAUCCACCCUUGCUUCAAGUGCCGGGGAUCAAAUACCUCCAUUACAUUCUGGUUCAUCUACUGGAGCAGCACUGGCGAUCUGCAAAGCUUCGAAGCCAAAAGCACAUGAUGGACGCUGCCGGAUCACUCCUAAUAUAACGAUAAGCAAGUGCUCUCUCCAGAGAUGGUAUUUGGACAAGGAAACCAAGCAGUGCCUUCAAAGUUGCAACCCAGCAGCUCCCUUUUCAAGCAAAAUAGAGUGCGAGGGCACAUGUCGAAAUGGUGGCGUUUGCCAUUACCCGAUGACAGGUGCCUCAUGCUUCGGCGAGGUGUUCCCUGUCUACAUUUUUAAUCCCUACAAGAAAAGAUGCUUCCUGACAUACGACUGCUCCUAUUCGGAAACAAGUUUCCUACUUUAGGAGAAUGUCAACGCACUUGUGAAAAGCCAGCAGGACAGCAACAAUUUGGAGGCUCCGCAGCAACCAGCGCCCACAUUGGCGGUUCAGCAGCAAAUUCGAACCAAGCUGUGGGCAUAGGUCAAGCAAUCACUUUGCCGUCGCAGUCGACGCUUGUAACAGGAAUUUCAGGGGCCCAAACAGCACAUGCGCGCGGAUCGACGAUUCUGGAGAUGAGCAGCACCCCAGUCUCUGGCCAGACAAACAAUGCCAACGCAUCUCUCACCGAUCAGGUACUUCUUCCGCAGUCGAGAAAUCCGGCCAUUUUGCAGCAAAUGCAGCAAAUACCAACUGAACAGCAAGACGUUACAUACGCGACAGGGAGCAGUCAACAAGCCUGCAGCCCACCCUGCAAUUUCAAUGUGUCAUUUCUACAGCAAGGUGCUCUACAACUGAACUUAACAGCUGUUAAAAUACAAGCAAGCCCUAAACGACCUACGCCUGACAGGCGAUGCAAGGUUAUUGCCACAUUGCCAACCUAUAAAUGUGGUCAAAAGUGGUUCUUCAAUAAAAGAACAAGAACCUGCCUUCCAAGCUGCAGUAGAAGGGCUCCCUUUAGGAGCAAGGUAGCCUGCGAUGGAAUUUGUCGAUCCGUGGGAGUUUGUGAUUUCCCAAUGGCAAGCAUUGGCUGUUUUCGUGAGGUGCACGAAGUAUUCAUUUACAAUCCCAACCAGAAUUCGUGCUUCAAGGCGUACGACUGUUCUUACUUCGGAAAUAAAUUCCCUACGUUGCAGCAAUGUCAGAAAACUUGCAGAAAGGGUGCACCACAACAGCACUUAGCGGGAUCAGGAGGGGGCACCCCUCUGGCCUCCACGCCAAUACAAAAUGCUGGAUCUACUGUGGGUCUUCAACCAGCUUUGUCACUUUCCGGUACAUCUCUUGGACCAGGUCUUUUCGGUACCCAAACAGGUACGGGCGCACCACAUCAGCAAGUAGCAACUUUCAUGGCGAGCAGCGCUCAACCCUCAGGAUCAGCACUCCACUCCGGAUCAAGUGAGGGUGAUCUACCGGCUCCCUCACUUCGAGCAACAUCAAGGGGCACAGGCCUUGUAGGACAAAACCUUGGAACAGCACAAGUAUCCACAAGCUCCUCAUCGAGUGGCGCACAAGGGGCUGGCAGUACAGGUGGCCUGUUGGCGCAGCAGCUUCCUCAAAUUGGUGCAGGUGUUGUGGCUGAGCAACCAGCUGUAGAGUUGACUAAGCCUGUUUCAGCGCUAUCCCAGACUACCGCCGUGCAUCCAGUGACCCAAAAACCAAUGGUAUCUGCGCUGUCUGGUUAUGGAAUUUCUUCAGAAGAUAAGGCAACACUUGACGUAAAGUCAAUAAAGAAAUAGCGAUGUUUCUCAGAUUUACAUAAUCAUUCUAAGCAUAAUAUACGAACAUGUCUGUGAGAUCUUGAGAACGCAUAUCUAAAAUAAAUCUAGCCUACGAAGGUUCCUUUUUUACGUCGAAUGGUAAUCCAAAAGUGCAUCCUCUGUACUUACUUAUUCUGACAGCUGUGCAGAUAUUUCCCUGAUAGCGCCGUGAACACCUGCGACUUUAUGUUCGAGUAAGCAGGGUGCUUUUUGUUGAGUAAAAUAGAACAAUACAACAAUCUUGAUAACAAGUCUAUUUACAUUGGAGCUGUUUAAGCUCUUGUUUGCGCCGCGUAGUUCGAACGAAAACUGCUCCUGGCGAUGACGUCACCGCGCGUUGCCUAGCCACCACCUCGCGGAGCGGCGUGUGCUUCGCCUCCUCUCCGUGCCGUGCACACGUUGCCUUGACAUGGAAUGUUAAAGAGAGGGAAGGAGAGCGAGCGCGCGGCAUGCACUAUGCUCUGGA